UGUGUCGCAAUCGGCGAUCCCGCAUCAGUGGCAUGCUUUAUGGAGUUAUAUACUUCUCUCUGUCCUCUGAACCACCGUCAUGGAUUGCAAACCCUCUGUCCUUUUACUCUUUCUCUUCUCGCCUGUUUGCCAAGGACAUCUGACUAGCCAUCACUCCAAUGAAGUUAACCUGCUUGACUCCAAAGCAAGUCAGGGGGAGCUGGGCUGGAUCUCCUACCCGUCGCAUGGGUGGGAAGAGAUCAGCGGCGUGGAUGAGCACUACACACCUAUCCGCACCUUCCAGGUGUGCAACGUCAUGGAAUACAGCCAGAACAACUGGCUGCGGACCAACUGGAUCCCUCGGAACUCCGCCCAGAAGAUUUACGUGGAGCUCAAGUUCACCCUGAGGGACUGCAACAGCAUCCCCCUGGUCUUGGGGACCUGCAAGGAGACUUUCAACCUCUACUACAUGGAGACGGAAGAGGACCAGGGUGACCAGUUCUGGGAGCACCAGUUUUCCAAGAUCGACACCAUUGCGGCCGAUGAAAGCUUCACGCAGACGGACCUGGGCGACCGCAUCCUCAAGCUGAACACGGAGGUGCGGGAGGUGGGGCCCGUAGCCCAGAAGGGCUUCUACCUGGCCUUCCAGGACGUGGGAGCCUGUGUGGCCCUGGUGACAGUGCGGGUGUACUUUAAAAAGUGCCCGUUCACCGUCAGGAACCUGGCCACGUUCCCUGACACGGUGCCCACGGACUCCCAGGCGCUGGUGGAGGUCCGGGGCUCCUGCGUCAAUAACUCCAGGGAGGCGGAGCCUCCAAGGAUGUACUGCAGCACGGAGGGGGAGUGGCUUGUGCCCAUUGGAAAAUGCCUCUGUGACGUCGCCCACGAGCCACGAGGAGUCACCUGCCAAGUCUGCAGGCCUGGCUUCUAUAAGUCUUCUCCUGGGAACCUGCGGUGCUCAAAAUGUCCUCCCCACAGCCAUGCCCACCAGGAGGGGUCGGCCCACUGCAGCUGUGAGAAGAACUACUUCCGCUCCGAGGCAGACCCCAGCUCUAUGGCUUGCACCCGGCCACCGUCCUCCCCCCGAAAUGUUAUCUCAGUCAUCAACGAGACCUCGGUCAUCCUGGACUGGAGCUGGCCGGCUGACUCUGGGGGAAGGAAGGACGUGACCUUUAACGUGGUGUGCAAACGCUGCUCAGCGGGCCAGCGGAAGUGCGAGGCGUGCAGGGGGGCCGUGCGUUUCCUGCCCCGCCCCGCGGGCCUUAGCAACACCACGGUGACCGUCGCCGACCUGCUGGCCCACACAAACUACACCUUCGAGAUCGAGGCGCUGAACGGAGUCUCCGCCCUGUCGUCCGAGCCACGUCAGUUCGCCACUGUCACCAUAACAACAAACCAAGCAGCUCCGUCCCCAGUGGCAGUGAUCAGGAAGGAUCGGACAUCACGAAAUAGCAUCUCCUUGUCCUGGCUGGAGCCUGAGAGGCCGAAUGGCAUCAUCCUGGACUAUGAGGUCAAGUUCUAUGAGAAGCAGGAACAAGAGACAAGUUAUACUAUCCUGAGGGCGAAAGGCACCAACGUUACGCUAAACGGGCUAAAACCGGACACCAUCUACCUGCUGCAGAUACGCGCUCGCACUGCAGCCGGGUACGGAGGCAGCAGCCGCAAGUUCGAGUUUGAGACCAGUCCCGACUCCUUCUCCAUCUCAAGCGAGAACAGCCAGGUGGUACUGGUUGCCAUCUCCUCGGCUGUAGCCAUUAUCCUCCUGUCGGUGGUGGUGUACCUACUUCUGGGCAGCAGGUUUUGUGGAUACAGUAAAUCAAAGCACCCAGAUGAAAAAAGACUUCCAUUUGGUAAUGGCCACUUGAGACUUCCAGGGAUCCGGACCUAUGUUGACCCGCACACUUACGAGGACCCGACUCAGGCCAUCCAUGAAUUUGCCAGAGAACUGGAUGCCUCCUGCAUAGCCAUCGACAAGGUGGUCGGGGCAGGUGAGUUUGGGGAGGUGUGCAGUGGCCGUCUGAAGCAGCCCUCAAAGAAAGAGACCUGUGUGGCAAUCAAAACUCUCAAGUCAGGAUACACUGAAACACAGAGGCGGGACUUCCUGAGCGAGGCGAGCAUCAUGGGACAGUUUGACCACCCCAAUAUCAUCAGGUUGGAGGGCGUGGUCACUCGCAAUAAACCAGUCAUGAUUGUGACAGAAUACAUGGAGAAUGGAUCCUUGGAUUGCUUCUUGCGAAGGCAUGACGCUCAGUUCACGGUGAUCCAGCUGGUGGGCAUGCUACGCGGCAUCGCCUCAGGCAUGAAGUACCUCUCAGACAUGGGCUACGUCCACCGCGACCUGGCCGCCCGCAACAUCCUGGUCAACAGCAACCUGGUGUGCAAGGUGUCCGAUUUUGGCCUGUCCCGGGUGCUGGAAGACGACCCCGAGGCAGCCUACACAACACGGGGAGGUAAAAUUCCAAUCAGGUGGACAGCCCCGGAGGCCAUUGCCUACCGGAAGUUCACUUCAGCCAGUGAUGCCUGGAGCUACGGCAUCGUGGUGUGGGAGGUGAUGUCCUAUGGAGAGAGGCCUUACUGGGAGAUGUCCAAUCAGGAUGUGAUCAAGGCGGUGGAUGAGGGCUACCGCUUGCCCCCUCCUAUGGACUGCCCUGCAGCCCUGUAUCAGCUGAUGCUUGACUGCUGGCAGAAAGACCGAAACAACCGUCCCAAGUUCGACCAGAUAGUAAGCCUCCUGGACAAGCUGAUCCGGAACCCCAGUAGCUUGAAGAUCAUCGCCAACGCCCCCAGCAGCCCAGAAAACAUGCUGCUGGACAGGACAGGUGCAGAUAUCGCCACUUUUUGCUCCAUGGGUGACUGGCUAGAGAGCAUGCAUACAUUGUCCUGCAAGGAUAUCUUCAAUGGGGCCAGCUAUAGCUCCUGCAACACCCUGGCAAAGACCUCUACAGAGGACUUCAAACAGGUGGGCGUGACCAUCCUAGGUCCACAGAAGAAAAUUGUGAGCAGUAUAACGGCACUUGAAACACAUGCAAAGAAUGGCCCCGUUCCUGUGUGAGUGUACGUAUGGGGAAACCGUCGCCUCUGCCGCAUCAAACAGACGGUAACUGAACACAGGCAAAGGGACGGGUGGGGUGGGGGGGGGAGGAUGGUACAAAUUUGAAAUGUUGAGAUGAAAUGACUGUCGGAGGUAACCUCCCGGGAUAGCAGAGGACAGAGGACUCUCUAGGCCCUCCGCAGGGCUGGCGGUGUACGGGGAGAAAACAGUUUUCUGCCGAUGACGAGUUGCCUUAUGAAGGAUUACAGACAGCAAGACAUUACUAUGAGGAUCAGAAAGCCCCUGUCAGCCCAUGGGCUGAGAGUGGGAUAUUUAUACGGUUCCUGCAAGUGCCCAAGAAGCAAAGGACUCGCCGUGUGUAUGGGCAUUAGCGGCUUGCAGAAACAUCAAGUGAAAAUCCAGCUUCAUUCAGGUGUUUACCACGGACCACUUCCGACUUGCGAGGGAGGAGAUUUUGUAACACCUCAGCAUCGCAUAGCAAUAAACUGCUGCCUUGGUGGAAACAGAAACAGGUAAAUGAACAGCAGGAAGCGGGGUGAGUCAUGCGCUUCCUCAGAUCUGGAAGACUUCAGUGGAGGUCUGCCUUUACAGCUCACUCAACGCAAUGAACUUAGUCCAUGUGUACAGGGAGUGAACUCGAAAUUUGAGAAAACCUGUGUUUUAUGACUCAAUUGAUUCAUGUAUCACAAGUCAAGGUUUUUCUGAGUCAUAGCUCAAGUGUCUCUGCAAAAAAAGUGUGAGGCUCUUGCCUUAUAUUAAUAAAUACACAGGGAAUAAAUGACACCAGAGAUUACCAUUUUAUGUGUCGAAAAACAGAAGUAGUUUAUUUUGUACAACUGCCAAUUCUAGCUAACUAGCUAUAAUAACAUGUAUAACUAUUGACAGCUGAUAAAUGAGACAGUACAACUUCCCGUUAAAAUCAUGCAAAGGCAAUGUAAAGUGCUGCUUAUGCACCACUAGCGAAAAAGCUACAAAAAGCAGUGUCAGCAAUAGCUUCCCAAGGCAGAGAACUAAAGGUGUGGGAUCUUGAAUUUUGAAAAAUAUCUGUGGAAAUCCAGCUACUGACUAAGCAUUAUGCGCCUUUGUUUCUUUGACUGAUAGUGUUGUUCCUAAAAAAGGGGGAAACAAUAUUUUUAUUUUUCCACAUAUUUUUAUCUCCUCAAUAAAUCAUCAAAAAAUGUUGUAAACAAAAGUUUGUUCCCGUACUUAAUAUUCAUAAUAAAAUAUGCAGUAUACAUGUCCUAAAUAUCUCUGAAAUUAUUAUUGUAUGUGCAAUGAGCUGGUGUGCUUUCAUGGACCAGAUAUUAAUGCAACUCAUUCUCAAAAUAAUUAAUUACAGGAAAAAAUGUUAAAGGAGGUGUUCCAAAACAUUGUAUUCCUCAUCUUUAGAUUGAAGGGACAUCUCUUGCUUCUUGCUGCAUCAGACAGUUUAAGCCUUAGAAACCCUUUGAGAAAUUCCAAAACCUCAAGGAUGGAAAUCUCUAUUUUCAUCUCUGAGAACAUGAAUCAGUUCUUUUGUAACAAAGAACAAAUAUAUUUCCAAUAAAAGUCAAAUGAAUGACAAGACUCGACCAUGUCUAUAAAGCUCUUAUUAAAUCACACGCAAACACACAAACAUGCAUGUGAACAGGCACAUACACACAUGCACAAAUGCAAUGCACAUAUACCUGCUUUUCCAUACUCACAUUUUUUAUAUAAAUGUCAUAAAUUACAGAUAUUUCUUCACAGUUACCCAACAGUGGACCCUUUGGCUUGACAUGGAACCAUCACGUUUGUUAUCCAAGUCUUUUCUCCCUCUGAGUUUCUUAAAAUCAUUAUUAGCAAUGGAUGGGGAACAGGCAUCGCAGUAAUGCUUCAAUAACACACCUUUCCUCUUCAAGUUCUUAACUUCAUGUCUGUUCAACUUGAUCUCACAAGUCAGGCCUGCUCAUGGAAAAUGUAUAGUGUCAGUGAAAAUUCUCACAGAUGUCAACAGAUGGCCCAUAGUGCUACUCUUUAAUUCAACUGGCCCAUUUUCCAAACCCUUCCCUUUCCAUCUUAGUCCACAAUGCCAAGAAACCAGAUGUAAAAAAAUUAAAAAUAAACAUUCUGAAAGGAACAAAAUGUUACACAGGACAUUUUCAUUUUUGGAGUUGACUUUGUACCUAAAUUAAGACUGUGGACAUUUGCAGUUUCAAACUUCUAGGUUGCCUAUAAAUUACAGGAUCAUGUGAGGAGCAGGUAUGAUCUCUGAGAACAGCUUUUACUGGAAGGCCACAUUACCAUGCUGUCCAGUGGUGUUAAACUCAUCAUGGAAAGAUAUCCAUUUUGGAUUAUGAUCAGCCAAAAGAUUAUGAUAAGUAAUCAUUGGCUUUAGGAUUUAAUCUAAAUUGUGCAAAGAAACAUUUCAGUUAAUUAAUAAAAUCAUAUAAGAAAACACAAGCAGAUAUUAUACCGAAAAGGAGACUUGACUUCAAAAUUCAUAAGGAUGCCAAGGCAAUUUUGAUUGCAAUCAUAAACAAUCAAUCCCUGAAACUAGUGUUUUACAGCUAUAAAAAAGCAAUAGAUGUGAGCUGUUGAAUAAAUACCCAAUCCACCAUAAAAAAAAUCUUUCCUUUGCAAUCCACCAAAAAAUGUCUCAAGAUUCACAAGAAGACUCAUAUGGUUUAGCAGUGGUUCCCCUGUGUAUGCUGGUUUUAGUUCCAACCACAAUUGCAAUCCCAGAAUUUUAACAAGAUAAUUUGUCUUAAUUACACUUUGCAAAUUCAGGGAUUAUUUACCCUCUUAAGGCACAUUAUGUCAGAAAUUGCCGUAUAAAUAGUACAAGCCCACUGGUAUAUACUGUAGAAUGAGCACAUCUCUGUUUCCCUGUUUCCUUCCUUCUUCCUGUGUAAAUAAUGACAUUAAUAACUAGCCUGUACAUAUGUAAACAGGAUAUUGUAAUAAUGGUAAAUCUCAACAAGAGACUACUGCUAUUUACAUGGCCAUACAUUUGUACAAAUGUUUGUAAAUAAAAAAUAAUGAACAUGAAUAUUUGUGCAAAAAAACCCUUUGUAUUAUAUUUUUGUUAUUUUGUAUUGUACUUUUUACAUAAAAACACGAUUAUUAUUUACUUAUUUAUUUGUUAAGGGAUACAGUGCAGAUGUGAAUGUUUUGUAGCAUACAGUAAGUUAUGACAUUGUUAUGUGACAAUUUUACCUGUGCAUUUACAUUAUAAUCUUGUAUUUUCAAAGAACAAUACUGUCAUGUGCCCUCUUCCCGUCUGCUUUAUAGAUUUAUGUGUCGGUGUGUAUGCAAGUGUUAAUGGCUGUCUACUAAUGAAAAAUUUGUAGUAGAAACAUAUUUUUAUAAUAAACAUAAUGGAAGUAUUUUUAAAA